GAUUGUUGCGGAGUGAUGCGUCCAAUUUUAAAAAGACGAAGCCACUCCGAAGACCACAGGGACAAAUCCAGGGAUUCUUCGCCUGAACCCCAUCAUGGAAUUUUGAAAAAAGCCAGUGACCAUUCAGGAGGCUUGUCCUACUCCGAAGGUUGUCUCCAGUACCAGCUCAACCAAUCCUUCGACCCGGUCAAACCAAUUUUGAAAAAAAAGAGUCUAAGCGAAGAAAGUGCAGCAGCCUCAUCUUUAGAUCUGGAAGCCCCACGUCCGAUAUUAAAAAAGAAGUCGUCCACCGAAAGUGACGAGGCUGAUGAGUACAACAAACCGAGGAAGCCUAUUUUGAAGUCCAGGAACUCAUCAAGGAGGGAUUCUCCAAAAAGGGGAUUUGUUGAAGGUGCUGCUCUGCCUCAGGAUCUUGCUGCAGCUUUAAAUGAAGUUGUCCAGAGACGAAGUACUGGAGGAAGUGGUUCGACAAAUUUGCAGAGAACAAAAUCUGCUGCUGCUGCUGAUUCUGAAUUGGCGAGCAUUUUGAUGAAGAGACGGAGCAUGACGGAUGAUCAAGGGCCUCUAAUUGCUGUCGACAACCACAACCAUCAAAACUUAGACAACGAGACAUCUACAUCCAGGAAUAAUUCAUCGUCUCCCACACCAGUUACUGAGAGUAUUGCUGAAAGAAUCUCCAGGUUAGUCGGAGGAGCUUCCAGUGGUUUGGAAAAUGGGUCAGGUGGUGCUGUUCCUAGAAGAAGGGCUGCCGAUAGGUUCAGGACACAACCUGUUACCUUUAACGAGAUGGUUGCAUUAAAUGAGCUGAAUGCUUAUAAAGAAGUCCAAGGAAAGGUGAAAAAUUGGUCGGAUAUGGAUGCUGGAAAAUCCCAGGAAAAUGUCAACAAAACUGACCCAGAAUCUGAUGAUAAUGACGAGUCGACGAGUCAAUAUCAAAGCAGCACCAACUCGAUUGAUAUCAAACCAGGAUCGACAAGGAACAUAAAAUCAGCGACUACAAGUCGUCAUCAGCACCAGCAGCAGCAGCAGAAAUUGAAGGAAGACAGCGGAAUUCAGGACGAUUGCAGCAAUAUGCUGCUGGGAAGUUGUCCAAAGAUUUCUAGGACAAGUAAAGUUGCCAGUACGCCCAAUUGUGAUAAACAGACUGCUGCUUCUUGUUCGGAUUCGCCAAUUGACGAAGGGGUCGCCUCGGAUUUGUCUUCAGACGAUGGCAGAAGGAUUAAAAACCAAGACGCCAACUCCACAGACGACGACGACUCCAAAAGAACCUUACGCGAGAACUCCAAAAACCUGGAACUGUCGUCCAAAAAAACUCUUGAAAAUGACAAUAACAAACGCAGAAAGAUGACCCGGACCGAGAGAACUAUUAAAAGUUUCCGGAUUCCGGACGAUGACGGCAACGACGUCCGGAGCAAAUUGGAAAUCCUAUUAAAAAAAGGUGCACCGAUCUUACCACAACCGAAGGAGCAUCCGCAAUCAGUAGAUGGCGAUGGUGAAGAAGUGAGGAGGGUUGGCAGGAACGACGCUGUCGCCAGACGGAGACAGGCGAAUGCUGCUAGGAAAGAAGCCAGCCUAGGGAGGCAGCCUCCAAGUGCCAUAGUGAAAACAAAAAGUUCAUCCUCCAUAGUUCUCAUAUCAAAAGAAAAGACUUCUUCAACUGCGCCUGAAUCGAAGCAACUACAACAACGUCCAGAAAUUUGCGAUGAAGUGCCUUCUACUUUGUAUGGACUGCGCCGCAGCCAGACGCAACCUCUGAGAGAACCUUGGAGGGAAUCUCGGCUAAAGAGUAGUGACGAGGAGGACAACGAGAUGCCGGGAGGAGCUACGAUAGCUGAGAGAUUGGCCGCUUUGAAAAAAAGUGGCCAAAAUGAUUGGAGGAAAAGAGUGUCACGAUUGGCCCCAGAUGAGGAUGUUUCGGCCAUUAUUAGUCGUGAUGUUGGGAAACCUUUGAAACAGGAGCCUUUAUUGAGUUCGCCACAGCCUGCUUGCAUUCUGCCGCCGCCUGUGCUGCAGCAGCAGCAGCAGCAGCAGCAAAAUCAGUUCAAUUCGCAGCAGUCGCAAAUUGUUGCACAGCAGGAUUCUCGAGCAGCUGUUUUGGCAGAACGAUUGGAAUGUCUGGAGACUGCUUCACAGGGUUGGAGGAGGAGGGUAGCCCCGGCCGACGCAGGCAAAUUCUCUGUCGCCGGCCGAAUGCCGGCGGUGGAAAAGUCGCGGUCAAUGUUAGCCGUUGUGGCCGGAGCAGGCGGAGCAGGAACACCCACGUCGAACGAUCAGAGAAAACGGAGGUGUCCACCGAUGAAUAGAUUCCGCAGCAGGACUGCGAUCUCUUCCAACACGAGCCCAACUGCAACUGGCCCCAGUUCUGCGACGCAGUUGACGAGCACUGUUUCCGGAUCGCCCUUCAAGAGGAGCAUUUCUGCUCCGGGAGCACCCGAACAGGACCUCAAUUCCGAUACAGGAGGUGUGAGCGUGCCGAUACCCCGUACAGACGACGAGACAUUCAACGCGUUCUUCCUGAGCGCCACAGAGACUCCCCCUUCGAACAAUUCUUCUGUCGAGAUCGACAGCGUCGACCUGGACGCGGUGUCUAAGGACGCCCGACAAAUGCUGGUUCUAAGGCGCACUGUGCAGGCACAGCGUGGCAGACGCGCCGGUUCGCGCAACCCGGUUCGAGCCCUCGCCCAACGCGAAGACCUAAGGGACAGCUACGCCGAGGUCAGGACUGAUGUGGCCGAUCGGGAAUUGAAGAGGAUGAAAGUAGAAAAAUUGGCUAAAGGCUCUUCCAUGGCCGUAGAAGCGUUGGCAGGAUUAGCAAGUAAAGAAGACUUCACUGCAGUAAACUUACGAAAGGCCGCAGCCAGUGCCUCGUUCACCAUGGUCCCUCACAAACCCCUAAUGCUGAUACAAGUCAAGGGCAGGAGACACGUCCAGGCCAGGCUGGUUGAACCAGUAGCCUCCAGUAUAAAUUCUGGGGACGCCUAUGUCCUGGUGACACCCGAUGAGGUUUACUUGUAUCUAGGAUUAUAUUCAAAUGUUAUCGAACGGUCUAGAGGUGCGGAUAUCGUGCAGUGUAUACAGCAGAAGAAGGAUUUGGGGUGCUCGAGUGGUGCUAAGGUUUAUACUAUCAAUGAGGAGAAGGUGAUGGUUGGGCAGAGUGUUAAGAAGUUUUGGACGCUGCUUGGAUGCCCUGAAGGAGGUAAGCCCGUCAAAGCCGGUCACCCCGACGAAGACGAGUUGUAUGAGUCCGGCAUAGUCGACACCAACAUGGCAUACGAGCUGCAAGGCGACGAACUCGUGCCUUUAGAAAAAUAUUGGGGCAGCAUUCCCAGAAUAUCAAUGCUGGACCCAAGUAAAAUCCUGGUGUUCGAUUUUGGUUCCGAGAUGUACGUGUGGAACGGCAAAACCGCCAGCAUCGAUGACCGCAAAAGUGCUUUGAAAUUGGCCCAGGAAUUGUGGGCUGAGGGCUAUGAUUACUCGAAUUGUGAUGUGUGUCCUUUGAACGUGACGGAGUUAUUAGGUGACCGGGGUAUGCGUGAUGAUGAUGUGGUAAAGGCUAAGAAGAGUGAUAGUAGGCCCGAAUGGGCUUUGAUUGGUAAAAUCAAUCAGCACAUGGAAACUGUGCUGUUUCGCGAGAAGUUUUUGGACUGGCCUGAUUUUUCACGUGUGAUCCAGUCUAAAACUUUAGACAACGGUGAGGAAAAGAGUGCAGAUGCUACUAUAGAUUUAUCACCGUGCAAUGCCAAAACCAUGAUCGACACAAAACCUUCCCUGCCCUCGCUGAAACUAGAAACCGAUGAAGUCGGUCGCGGUGACUUUCAUUUCAACGAAGAGUUGGGCAAGCGUUGCGAGAUCACUACAGUUAAGGUCACCGUGUGGAGGGUGCAAGAAUACAAAUCCAGCGAGUUCGAUGACUCCAAAAUCGGGCAUUUCUAUUCCGGUGAUGGUUACGUCGUCCGGUGGCAGUACCUAGUUUCUGUCACCGGUCGCGAGUUGGGGGGUAAGCCGUCCCGGCAUUCCCUAUCCGGGCGUGAUCGUUGUGCCUAUUUUUGUUGGCAAGGACGCACCGCCACAAAUAUUGACAAAGGUGCUGCAGCUUUAAUGACUGUACAAUUAGACAAAGAACGCGGUCCUCAAAUCCGGGUUGCACAAGGCCGAGAGCCCCCGGCGUUUGUCAACUUGUUCUCAGGCGGUAUGAUUGUGCAUGAGGGUAAACGCGGUGAGACUCGGAGUGAUAGGUAUAGACUAUACACUUGCCGGGGUUGUGUGCAAAAUGAGGCUGUUUUAGAAGAAGUGCCUUGUAGUAUGCGCCAACUGCGAAGCAGGGCUUCUUUGGUCUUGGUGGAUACUGAGAAUAACACUAUUGUGGUUUGGCAUGGUGCACGCAGCUUGAAGCACGUAAAAGAAGUCGCACGAGCGGCUGCAACCAGACUACAAAACACCAAACCCCAAGACUUAUUUUCAUCGUCAACCAAAAAAGUGACUUUAUCCGAAACAACCGAAGGCAACGAAAACAACACAUUUUUGGAAGCUUUAGGCGGUUGCAACCGUAAACUUUACGUAUCCAUGAUAAAAUCAACAACCAACACAUUCGACUACACACCAAGACUCUUUCACUUAUCCAGCAUCUCUGGAACCUUCGAACCAACAGAAAUCCUGUGUCCUUUACGUCAUGAUACCCUGCACACUCCAUUCCCGUUCUCCCAAAGAGACUUAUACUCGGUGAGCCAACCUGCAAUAUUUUUACUAGACAAUGAGUCGUCUCUGUGGUUAUGGCAAGGCUGGUGGCCUCCUGGACAGGACAUGGACGAUGAUACGGAUUCUGCACUUUUGGGUUCAGACCAGACUGGUUCUGGUGCUGUUCGCUGGCAGGCUGAAAGGAGGGCUGCUAUGCAGACUGCAGUCGAUUAUUGGAAGGUCAAACAUGGUUCUGCGAAGGAUGUUAAGGGAUAUCUGGUGUGGGCUGGUCUGGAGCCUUUGGAGUUUACGAACUUGUUCCCGGUUUGGCAGGACAGGGACGAUAUUGCGGAAAUUAACAUGAAGGAGGGAAAGAAAGCAGGCGAGCCCAUAUCCCUCCAAGGCGAGCUGUCUCAACUGACCUGCUCCACCUACCAUCCAGACAUCCUCCUCCAAAGACCUCUACCCGAAGGCGUAGACCCUACAAGACUAGAACUCUAUCUAGAACCAAGAUACUUCAAGGAACUCCUCGGACUUACCAAGGAGGAAUUCAACGAACUGCCCACGUGGAAACAGACGAAGGUCAAAAAGGACAAGGGUUUAUUUUAGACUUUUUUACACAUUUUUUAUAUUUAUGAUAUUAUCGAAAGGCAAACGACGAUUUUUUAAAUAAAUGUUGAGAUUAUUAUUAGUUUUGGAAACGUCUUUUUGGAUACUGCCUCGGAAAAGUGAUACGCGAAAUUUGUAUAGAUUUAAAAAGUAAUGUAGCUUGUAAGUAUAUGCAUAUUUAUUCAUUUUUAUAUAUAUGAUAUGAUGACACGACAAGGUAACUUAAUCGUAAUCGAUAGUUUUAUUGCUAGAUGAAUUUUUUUUGAGGUCUUGAGAUAAAAAAAUACCUUGAUAUAAGAAAGUCUUCAGAAACAGCUCCAAUUUUUUCAUGAAUGAAAAUCAUUUUUAUUUUCUACUCAUCGAGACCUUUUAAACGAUACCCCACAUGCCAUAAAACACAGAAACAAAAUUUUUGAAGUAAAACUUUUUUAGACUCGUUACGAAUACAAAUUCGUUGCAAUGUUACUGCUUUUGAAUAACAUUGAAAAACAAACAUAAAAAACAAUAACAAUCGAGUGUAAAUUUUCUGGGCAAAUCACUUAGUUAAUUUUAGUACUCGCUACAAAAGUUUUACAUUUACACAUUUUAAACAGAAAUAAAAUAUAACAAA